AUGGAUUACCAGAAUAAUACAACAAUACUCGUGUACAAGCGACGCGCCACAGUUAAUUUAAUGCAAAAACGUGAGAUGAGAAAAAUCGUGAUAAACGGAAAAAUCAUUAAGUUGAAGUGUCGAUUUGCGAGUGCUGAAUUAGAACUGAAAUCCAUAAAAAUGUUUGAUUUUAUUACCUUGGCAAUAUGUCUUCAGUUGCUUGCAAAUUUUCCAACGCAUUCAGCGGCUCAGCCACAGCAGAGCUCGCUUUUUUCGGAGUUCCAUGCAAAUUACAAAAAUCAGCAUGACAAUGAAGAGCCCACAUACUCCUAUCACUACUACAUCGAUCAUCCCGAGUCGAUGGUACAUUUGCGGCAUCGAGAGGAACGUCAUGGCACGCGGGUGACUGGAGAAUAUGGUUUGCUUGAGCCUGAUGGGUCGGUACGCAGUGUCCAUUAUACCGUGGAUGGCAAUGGCGGUUUCCGUGCUAUUGUACGUACACGCACUGCAGCGAGCAGUGCACAUCAACUUUUCCGCUUGGCGAAGCAACAGCCGACUAAGCCCGUGCAGCAUGCUCAACCAGUGGCGUUUGUCAUUUAAACAUUUUUUCUUUCAUAAUCCUUGAAUAAAAGUUUACAAAGA